AGCAACUGCCAUCUGCCGCCUCUUUUUCAGUUUCAAACCCAUCAGAUUAUUUCCCACAGACUAUAGCUUCACUUGACACCGCUGAAAUAGCGUCUCAGAAAGCAGCUGCGCAAUAAAAAAAAAAAACUGAAAUCAGCCCGCUUUCCACAUAUUGCGCUCACAGCCAACGAGAGCCGCGGCCGCCUGCAUGCAAGCCGUCUGCGGCGGAGACAGACUGCAGGCUCAUAAAGACGAAGCGGAUUUGAAUUAAGCACCGGAUAACGUACAGCGACUGUGCAUCCUUCGGCGAAGGAGGGAGGGAGGGAGGGGGGAGAGGGAGGCAACUGUUUUGUAUCUUGGAAGCCCUGGGUUAGGAGAAGGGGGGAGGAGGAGCGCAGAAUGAGCUAUUCUUGUACCAGCAGAGGCAGCAGCCAGGACCCAUCAACCGUUAAGAAGCCUGCCGGUAAUAAUCCGGGCAGAGACACCGGAGGCACAGACAGCAGCAGCCCGAAGCAAACGGCGGCGAUGAAAGUGAAGAAGGGCUGCAACUCGACCGACGUCGGGGUCCCGGUGACCACGGAGGAGGACCUGCUCGGCAGCACGGUGGUCACUCCGGAGGAUGUUCUGGGCUUGCAGAAGAUCACAGAGAAUUAUCUUUGCAACCCGGACGAGAACAUUUACAACAUUGACUUCACCAGGUUCAGGAUCAGAGACAUGGAGUCCGCCACGGUGCUGUUUGAAAUCACCAAACCUCCAUCCACAGACAAAGCAGGGGAGAAGGGGGAUGUUGACCCAAACGCCGGCCGAUUUGUCCGUUACCAGUUCACCCCCGCUUUUCUCCGACUGCGGCAAGUUGGAGCUACCGUUGAGUUCACGGUCGGAGACAUGCCGAUAGAAAACUUCAGGAUGAUUGAGAGACAUUAUUUCAGAGAGAAGUUGCUCAAGAGUUUUGACUUUGAGUUUGGCUUCUGCAUGCCCAGCAGCAAAAACACCUGUGAACAUAUCUACGAAUUUCCACCUCUGUCUGAAGACAUCAUCAGAGAAAUGGUCCUGCACCCGUAUGAGACGCAGUCCGACAGCUUCUACUUUGUGGACAAUAAGCUGGUGAUGCACAACAAGGCGGACUACUCGUACAACGGCGGGACGUAGAGACGACACGCGGACACGAGAGACAGGUGGAUGUACGGACUGACCUGGGGGGGGGCGAUCAGAGUACACUGGUGGGACUAACAUCCUGUCAAUCCAGUAGUCUCUCUCUCUUUAUCUCUCUCUUUCUCUAUCUCUUCCUCCCGCUGAGAGAACGCCAUCCAGAAAACGGCCACACAGACGCGUCAGUUACAAACUCUUUGUGUGUUUGCGUAUGUGUGUGUGUGUUAGCAUGUAUAAGUUUGGCAAAACCUAAAAGCUGCAAACACACACACAGUUCACAGCAUGGCGUGGGGUCGCUGUAACAAAGUGUUUUCGUAACAUGAUAAACCAGCAAGUAAGCAACUUUUUAGGAAAUAUCAGAUGUUUUUUCGCUCUCUAGCCACGUAGUGUGAAGUGGAAAAAGUUAAAACCUCCGUAAUAUCUUUCAUUGCUGUAUGUUAGGGUUUAGGAACACAUAUUGCAUCUAAACUCGAGUGUUUUAUGGACUUCAGUUCUUGUUCUCAGUUUCCGUGAGUGAGCUUUUUGGAGUGUGUUUGUGUACUUUGUAUGACUGUCUGUGUCUGUCAGUGUGAUGCAUGACUAAUGGUCUGGUAAGAAUAUAUUAACUUAAAUGUCAAUAACGUGGUCAUUUGGUUUCUAAAGGUAAAAUAGAUUUUGGAAACCCGUUAGUUCAUCAGACCCGUUUUCUUUGUUCCUCAUUUAUUUCUCGAGUGGUGUGACGUGUGUUGCCCAUAGGGCGUAUGUGUUCAUCGUCUUUGCUCAAAGCACAACAUGUCGGCAGAACUUGUGAAGAUGAGCUAAUCUGAAAUGCCCAUAAUGUACUUUGUCAUGUGUGUACUAGUUGUACUUCCAGCCUCAUGUUGCUUUGUUUAGGUCAGAAAGAAGUUGUUAAAACUUUUGUUAGGUUGCCUAUCCGAGUUGACGUUUUUGCUGUUUGUAAAGACUUCAUAAGAGAAGAAGAAGAGAAGAGAAGAAAAUUAGCAUUUUUAAAUGUUGAUUUGUUUCAAUCAGAUUUGUGUUGCACAAAGGAAAGAGAUAGAGGGAAUGUAGCAGAAAUCACCCUAAAAUAUAUUUUUUGGUUUGUGUGUAUUCUAAUGUCUGUUUCUAAAUCCGUCUGUCUCGCGUCUCUUAAGUCCAUUUGUUGUUUCUCUAGUUUCUGCCUCUCAUACAUUUCUGACUGUUUUUUUUAUUUUUUAGACACAUUCCAGUAAGUUAAGACCUGAGUGUGUUGAUCUCUUGUUAUUUGAGGGAAUCUAUCACACAGAGAAUCAGUGUCUUGGGACGCCUCUAAGUUGUGGUAUGCUCACUUGCCGUUCUCCCUGACUGUGCGGAGACACAACCCGACUCAAAAAGUGUUUCAGCCUAUCUGCAUAUACUCUUUGAUUUGAAUUUCUCGAAAGUAGGUUUUGGUUGCUGUGUUUUUAGUGAUUCUGCAGUAAAAUCCAACCUGCAUUUGCAAAUACUGAGUCAGGUAUGUAAGGAAGUGCAGCCAGUUUAGAGGAACUCACAUUAAUGCACCCGUUGUGUGUUCAGAUCAACACAAGAAAAGGGUGGAAAUGGAUUCAGAUUGUCUUCGGGACUUUGUUUUAGUCUGCACUAAAGUUUAAAAAAAAUGAAUAAAAAAUACAGACAAGAAGAGCUCAAAUUGAACUCGGUGUGUAGAUAAAACUGACUUGAAUGAGUGUUAUGUCAAAAAAUCUAAGUAGAGCAGAUUUAUUUUUGACUGAUUGUGACUCGUGUACAAAUUAUUUUGAACAGAUGUCGAUUUCUUGACCAUUCAAAUGUCGGUAUGACUGAACAAAAAAUAAAUAAAGAUUUACGGGACUUUUUUGAAAUAUCACAGUGUCUUGACUGUUAAUAUUGUGAGUGAAUGAGAGAUAUUUCACACUUUGUUUACAUGAUAUUUUUAGAACAUUAACGGCUCUGGCUAAAGAUGUUUUUUUAGCAUCUCAUGCACUUUGAGGACAUGUGGCCCUUAUAACUGGAAUUUAUUAAAGGAAUGGUUCAACAUUUUGGGAAAUACACUUUCUUACCGAGAUAAGAAGAUUGAUUCCACUCUCAUGUUUGUCCCUUCAGUGUGAAGCUGGAGUGAGGGGAUGGUUAACCAUGAAGAUGGUUAAAAAUGAGCCUACCAGCACCUCAAAUGCUCACAAUCAAGACGUUAUAUCUUGUUUGUUUAAUCAGACAAGAAAUCUUUUGGUGGAUAACAUUUUUACACUUGGGUUUUUGUACCCAUUAAACAAAGAACAUGUCAAUUAAUGAGUUUUAAAGGCUUUUUUUUUUUUUACCAUAUAGGACAAAGCUCGGCUGGCUUGUUCCCCUGGUUUCCAGUCUUUAUGCAAAUCUAAGAUAACCAGCUGCUUUAUUUUUACAUUUACCGUACAAUUAUGAGAGUGAUAUCGGCCUUCUGUCUGCAAGGAAACAAAUAUGCGUAUUUCCCCAAAGCGUCAAACUAUUCCUUUAAUAGCUUUCAACCGGAUUAAUCUAGGCGACGUAUUUAGAAAUUGAGAUUAUAAUGUCCCUUGAACUAAAACAAAUAAUCACAAAAAGUUAAGAAAGGUAAAGUAAAUACUUGUUCAUAAAACAGUGCAACAAAUACACUGAUAAAAAAUAAAAUGUGCGACAAUGAAACAAAGUAUUUAACAACAAAAGACCACAGUAAUAAGUUAAAUCAACUCUUGCAAUUAUUUCAGUUUCAGCUCAUUUCCACAUUGUUUGUAAACACAACAUCACUCAGAAUAAUCACAAUUUAAAUGACCACUCACACACACAGUGUGCAUCUGUGAGUGAUAAAUAGAUCAAAAAGAUAACGUCACAUUCAGGAAAGUGUGUACAAGGAAGUGACCUCAGUUUUGUUUCUAAUGAACACUUCAUUUUUGUUUUGUUCUGUCACUGGAACGACACGAGGAAGUACUAAACACAUACAGGGGAGAGUCCGUCUAAUUAUAGAGCUGAUAAUCUGAUAUCGCUUCAAGCUUAUCACAGUUAUUUUUUUACCAAGGUCUCGUUUUAUAUAUUUACAGGUUUGUAUGAGAGUAUAUGGUGCACCACUGCCAAGCGAAACUUGAUCUAAAUGGUCUUUAAACUUUAUUUCCUUUACGACAUUUACUGUAACCAACCUUUAAUUUACUCAACUUCUGUAUAAUUGCUUAUUUAGUCAUGCUUAUCUUAGGACUGUUUUAUAGAGAGUCACUUAAGGUUUGAAGUUUUCAAGGGCUUUAAAAAACAAUUCUGUGUCAUUCCUGUUCUCCAUGUCUCUCUCUCCGUCCUCCCCUACUCAAGGUCCGCUGUUUGUAAUGUUGACCCAAUGAGGCAUGGUGCCCAAGUCAAACAUGGCGUAUCCCCAGGUGUUGAUGCCUAAAUUAACGGUCAAAAUCCCAAUGAUGUUCAACACGAAGCCGGUUUUCACCUGAAGGAACAGAGAGUGACAUUCUGAUCAGUAUACAGUAUGAGUAGAGGUCGAAAAACAGGGUAUGUACAGGUCUAGGUCUUUAAAAGUCUUAAAAAGCAAUGAAUCCUCAAAGGGAGAUGUUACACACCAUGAAUUAAAAUCAAAGACUCAAAACAUGUUUUUAAAACCUACAAGGUCUCUGCUGCAUCAAUAUUUCUCACCAGUCUUUGUAAAGUACGAUUUUUCUCCUGCCUCAACAAAGACUAUCUUUUUUUAAAUUAGGUCCUCUAAACCUCCCUCACAUGAAUGAUUCUUGUAACAUAGAUUAUGUAUUGUGAGUAUGAAUCUCACCAUGUCCAUGACUUUGAGUUUUCCAAAAGAAAAGGCGAUGGCGUUGGGUGGUGUGGCCACAGGCAGCAUGAAGGCCAGAGAGGCAGCGAUGGUGCAGGGAAUCAUCACGUACAGCGGGUGUAUCUCAAUAGCUAUGGCCUAUCAGAAAUACACAGCACAGUUAAAUACACGGAGAAGCUGUGUGUUAACACCUGUGUGUGCAGGUGGACACCUGCUUACCAUUGAGGCCAGGAUGGGCAGGAACAAGGUGGUGGUGGCUGUGUUGCUAGAGCACUCGGUGAAGGUUGCCACCAGCAUGCAGAGCAGCAACGAGAUGGCGUAGGGGGGAAUUUGCUGCAGAGGUGCCAAGCUAUCUCCCAGCAACUUGGACAGACCUGACUCCUGUUAACAAAAGUUUUGAGCAGAAAUGACGUGAAACACAGGAGGUACAAGAAUUCCUCGCAUUUGAAAAGCAAAAAACAGAAUCAGUUUGACAAGAUAAAUAAAUAGAAAUUAGCAUUCAGUUGUGGAUUAGUCAACAAAUCAUAAAUCAAUAAAAAGGGAACAUG